AUGAGUCCCACCAGGCUUUAUACUCUGGUGCUGGUACUGCAGCCCCAGCGAGUUCUGCUGGGCAUGAAGAAACGAGGCUUUGGGGCUGGCCGCUGGAAUGGCUUUGGGGGCAAAGUGGAAGAAGGAGAGACCGUUGAGGAGGGGGCCAAAAGGGAGCUGCUGGAGGAGAGUGGGCUGACCACAGACGAGCUGCACGAGGCCGGUCGCAUCACUUUCGAGUUCGAGGGCAGCCCCGAACGCAUGGACGUGCGCAUCUUCUACACCGACCAUGUCCAGGGCACGCCCACGGAAAGUGACGAGAUGCGCCCACAGUGGUUCCAGCUGGACCAGAUCCCCUUCGCCCACAUGUGGCCUGAUGACAGCUUCUGGUUCCCGCUCCUCCUCCAGAAGAAGAAGUUCCUCGGCCACUUCUGCUUCCGGGGCCAUGACACGAUCGUACAGCACACACUGCAGGAGGUGGAUCAGCUCUAG